AGCACAUAUUAAGGUAAAUUUAAUCUUGGAAUAUAUUUAAUUAUUUUUAAUAAAUAAAUUUUUUUCUUCUACUUACUGGCAUGGUUGUAUGGUUAUUAUUUGUCCAAUUAAAGUAUACAUUUGCUGAUUAUUAUUUAAAAAAAUUAAUAACAUAUACUUGAAAAAUGAAUAAAUAAUCACCCGCCUACCAGCAAAUUAGUUACUAUGACUAGAUAUGGCCUAAGCUAUUUAGCCAUUAAAAUAAAAGGUGGUUCUUUAUUAUUUUUGUUAAUGGUUAAAUCUGAAAAAUUACUAAUUAAUAAUUAUAGAUUAUAUAUUUAUACUUGUCAUUGUUUGAUUUUUUUAGAGUACACAUAAAUCUAUGUUAGAUAAGUUUAAUGAUAUGGUUAAAAAAAGAUCACUUAAUCAAGAUAAACCGAGUACAUUGAAACAAUUAAAUUUACAUGAAUUUAAAAAACAAAAAACUAAGUUGUCUCAAGCUACUUUUGAUAGAGCCAACAUGGAAUUAAUAAUUAGUACGGUGUCCCCUUUUUCAUUCAUUGAACAUCCUGCAUUCCUCAAAUAUACUAAUACUGUGGCACAAAUGGUACCAGUAUCUAGAAGAACAUUGAUGAGAAAUAUUAAUUCAAGUUUUGAAGAAAUGAAAAAUUCAAUUAUCAAAAAGUUUAAUGAUUUGGAAUAUGUAUGUGUUACUGCAGAUUGCUGGACUGCAUUCAGAAGGUCUUAUAUGGGCUUUACUGCACACUGGAUUGAUCCAUUCACCUUUGAACGCAAGUCGAAUGCCAUUGCUUGUAGGCGUAUAAUUGGUAAACAUACAUAUGAUGUUCUAGCUGAUAUGAUUGAACUUGUGUUGAAUGAAUACAAAAUAAAUACAAAAGUAACCUAUAUGGUUACAGAUAAUGCAUCAAACUUUGCUAAGGCAUUCAGACUUUAUAGCACUACUGAAGAUGAAAUAGAAACUCCAGAAAAUGAUUCACUUAUAUAUUCAACGGAUAUUUUUGAAAUUUUAAGUGAAGGGGAAGAAAGACAUUUUAGGCUGCCUAAACAACUGCGCUGUGCUUCGCAUACAUUCAAUUUGCUGGCCACGAAUGAUGUGAAUAAAUUACAAAUCAAAGAUGGACCAUAUAAAACAUUAAGUAGAAGGGCUUUUGGAAAGUGUAAUGCACUUUUCAAUAAACAAAAUAUGAGUACAUUGGUGGCAGAUAAAAUUAAAAAUCAUCUAGGUCGAUAUUUAAUCACACCAAAUGAUACACGUUGGAAUGCUUUGUAUGACUCUUUGAGUUUUAUUAUAAGCCACUUUGAUGAAGUAGAGAAUAUUUGUACUGAUAUUCAGUUGCCUUGCCUAAGUAAACCACAAGAAACAGAUUUUUUGACUGAAUAUUGCAAAGUUAUGAAACCUAUUGCAAAAGCUUUAGAUAUACUGCAAGGAGAAAAAUAUAUUUCUAUUGGUUAUCUUCUCCCUACAUUAACAGCUGUAAAAAAAUCAUUAAAUCAACUUAUAUUGCAUGGAAACCUAAAAUAUUGCAAGCCAUUAGUUGAAGUGCUGAUCAGUGGAUUAAAAAAACGGUUUGAUACAAAUUUUGAAUCUUCAGACAUGAAAUUAGCUGCUACUUUAGAACCAAAGUUUAAGUGGAAUUGGGCUGAAGUAGAAAUGGUCAAUGAGUUGAAAGAAUGUUUAAAAGCAAGAUUGUCUGAGCUAAUUGCAGAAAAUACUAAAUGUAUUAUGAAUGAUAAAACCAAUGAAGUCACAUAUGAUGAUUUUUUACAUUUCGAUGCUUUAGAAAAUCCAGAAACAGAUAAACUUCAAAAUUUAUUUAAUGAAUAUUCAAACUCUUCUCCUAAACUACCAUUAAACACAUUUUCUGAAGAAAUACAAAAAUUAUAUAUUAAGUAUAAUACAAGUAUUCCCUCUAGUGCUCACGUCGAGAGACUUUUUAGUGCAGGAGGCCAAUUGUUCGAUGAAAGGCGUGGAUCUAUGUCCGAUGAUACUUUUGAAAUGUCACUUCUGUCAGUCAGAGUGAUUAAUCAUUACGCCAGAAAAAUCGUAAGAGCUGAUGAGGCCUGUGACAACGAACAAAUAUAUGAAUGUGUAUACAAACUUUCGAAACUACCGAUGACUAUAGAACUUUUAGAAGCCACUGGAAUUGGUCUAGUGGUCAACAAAUUAAGAAGUAGAGGCGGAGUCGUAGGGAAAUUAGCAGAAAGAGUAGUCUCUACUUGGAAAUAUGUUGUAAAAACAGAAAUAUUAUUAUUUUCUCAAGGAGAACCAUAG